GUUCCUUAUAUGAUAACUCCACAUAACAAGGUAUACUGCUGCGAUAGCAGUUUUAUGAAGGGGCUCACAGAGCUGAUGCAGCCCAGUUUUGAGUCGCUGCUGGGACCUAUAUGCUUACCUCUGGUGGAUCGAUUUAUUCAGCUCUUGAAGGUGGCACAGGCCAGUUCAAGCCAGUAUUUCCGAGAAUCCAUUCUGAAUGACAUCAGGAAGGCCCGUACCCUCUACACGGGCAAAGAGCUUGCAGCAGAGCUGGCACGGAUUCGACAGCGAGUGGAUAAUGUUGAAGUCUUGUCUGCUGACAUUGUAAUAAACUUGCUGCUGUCCUACAGAGACAUCCAGGAUUAUGAUUCCAUUGUGAAACUGGUGAAAACUUUAGAAAAACUGCCUACUUUUGACUUGGCUUCCCACCACCAUGUGAGGUUUCAUUACGCGUUUGCACUGAACAGACGAAAUCUUCCUGGAGACAGACAAAAAGCUCUAGAAAUUAUGAUUCCUCUGGUAGAACAGGAAGACCAAGUAGCUUCAGAUAUGUAUUGCCUGGUUGGUCGAAUUUACAAGGACAUGUUUUUGGAAUCUGGGUUCAUAGAUACAGAAAGCAGGGACAAAGGAACGUUCUGGUUCAAGAAGGCGUUUGAGUCAGAGCCAACGUUACAGUCAGGAAUUAAUUAUGCAGUACUCCUCCUGGCAGCUGGACAUUCCUUUGAUACUUCUUUUGAGCUGCGGAAAGUUGGAGUAAAGAUCAGCAGCCUGCUUGGUAAAAAGGGGAGCUUGGAGAAACUGCAGAGCUAUUGGGAAGUGGGAUCUUUCUUGGGGGCCAGUAUGUUGGCUAAUGACCAUAUAAGAGUGAUCCAGGCUUCAGAAAAGCUGUUUAAACUAAAGGCACCGGCAUGGUACCUGAAGUCUAUUGUAGAGACUAUUUUGAUAUAUCAGCAUUUUAAGAAACUGACUCCAGAACAUACGGCCAAACAGGAACUCGUGGACUUCUGGAUGGACUUCCUUGUUGAAGCCACAAAGACAGAUGUGUCUGUAGUUCGAUUUCCAGUUUUAAUAUUAGAACCAACAAAAAUCUACCAGCCUUCGUACCUCUCCAUCAACAGUGAAGCUGAGGAGAAGACUGUAUCUAUCUGGCAUGUGCUGCCUGAUGACAAGAAAGGUAUCCACGAGUGGAACUUCAGUGCUGCUUCUAUCAGGGGAGUAAGCAUUUCGAAGUUUGAAGAACGAUGCUGUUUCCUGUAUGUGCUGCACAACUCAGAUGACUUUCAGAUCUAUUUCUGCACAGAACUUCAUUGCAGAAGGUUUUUUGACAUGGUGAACAGUAUCACUGAUGAAAUAGGGAAGACUACAGAGGAAGGGGAAUGUGAUGGAGACUCCCUAGAGUAUGAUUAUGAAUAUGAUGAAAAUGGCGAGCGAGUUAUUCUGGGGAAAGGAACUUAUGGCAUUGUGUAUGCAGGACGAGAUCUGAGCAACCAAGUCAGAAUUGCUAUUAAAGAAAUCCCAGAGAGAGACAGCAG